AUGGGUCUGACUUUCGCAGACAUCCAGUCCUUGUCCAGAGAAGAGAGCGCGUUAUACCCUCCAUUAGAACCCUUACCUCUCUUGACCGAAUACAAUGAGGAAGAGAAGCGCAUAGCGGAACUGCAGAUCGGUUUCGCGACGCGCUUGCGCAACUCCGCCUACUAUAUCGUGGAGAACACAAAAACAACAGAACUUCCGCGUUACUCGGAUAAAUAUCGUCCUUCGCCGGCGUCUCAGCCAACAUUGAAGAGGAAGGAUCUGCAUCAGCCUUUCUUCCCUCAAGAGAUCUUUGAAGAGUACUUCAAUCCGAAGAAGCGGAAAAUCUCCCAGAAGAAGGUCGCGGGUAAACGCGUCAAUCUGGACGAGAUGGUUGAGGACGGAGAGGAACAAGAAAAGUCCGGCGAUGAACGCUCAGACGCAGGCUCCCAAGCUAUCGACGAAGACUACGACGUCGAUGAAGAAUACGACAACGACUACGCAGAGAACUACUUCGACAACGGAGAAGCAGACGAUGGCGAUGACCUCGGUGGAGGCGGCGAUGAAGGGGGUGGAGGAUAUGACUACGACUAG